AUGAGUCCAGACACUUUAGGUUGGACAGCUGCCGAUUGGGUUACUUUCCAUCAAUCUUCGACUCCUACAAACUCUUAUUCGACUUUAUUAGCUCUAAUUAAAUCUCAAAAGGUUGCCCCAGAAGAUACAGCCUGGAUUUCAAUCGUCUCAGUGGAAAAUUUAAGAAAACAAUGGAUGGUAUUACAAACAAGAGAUGAUCACGAAUCUUUACCUUUAUUCGGUGUUCCUGUGGCUAUCAAGGAUAACAUUGAUGCUCGUGGGUUUGCCACUACUGCUGCUUGUCCAUCUUACAGUUAUCAUCCAAAGAAGGAUGCCACAGUUGUUCGUCUUCUAAGAGAUGCAGGCGCAAUUAUCAUUGGUAAGACCAAUCUAGAUCAGUUUGCUACAGGUCUAGUUGGUACAAGGUCUCCAUAUGGUAAAGUAACAUGUGCGUUCAAUAAUGAAUACGUAUCUGGGGGUUCUUCUGCUGGUUCUGCUAAAGUAGUCGCUACAGGGAUCGUACCUAUUGCUCUUGGAACUGAUACUGCCGGUUCUGGUCGUGUUCCUGCAGCUUUAAACAACCUGAUUGGUUUAAAACCAAGUAAAGGUAUCUUCUCAUGUAAUGGUGUCGUUCCAGCUUGUAAAUCCUUAGAUUGUGUGUCUAUUUUCUCUUUGAACUUACCAGACGCCGAACUUUGUUUCAAGAUUUUAUGUAAACCAGAUGCUGAAAAUGAUGAGUACUCGAGACCUUUCCCAUCAAAUCCAUUAAGAAAAUUUGGUACAAAUGUUACUAUUGCUAUUCCAAAGGAUAUUCCAUGGUAUGGGGAAGUUGAAAACCCGAAACUUUAUCGAAAUGCAAUUGAAAUUUUAAAAAAGACAGGUGCUAAUAUUAAGAUUCUAGACUUGGAACCACUACUUGAUCUGGCUCGUUGUUUAUAUGAAGGACCAUGGGUCGCUGAACGUUAUCAAGCAGUAGGUCGUUUUUUGGAAUCUAAUCCACCAGUCGAAACGUUGGAUCCAACAGUCACUGAAAUUAUUAAAGGAGGUGAACCUUUUAGAGCUACAGAUUUUUUCAAAUAUGAAUAUAAGCGUAAUAAAAUCUUACAAUCUAUUCAAACUUUAUUACAAGGAAUUGAUGUUGUUUGCGUUCCAACUUGUCCUUUGAAUCCAACUUUGAAAGACAUCGAAAAUGAACCAAUACUAGUCAACUCGAGACAAGGUACUUGGACAAAUUUUGUUAAUUUGGCUGAUUUGGCUGCGUUGGCUGUUCCAGCUGGUUUUAGACCAGACGGUUUACCAAAUGGUAUCACAUUAUUAGGUAAGAAAUUUAGUGAUUAUGCUCUAUUAGAGCUGGCAGAGAGAUAUCUAAAACAAUUAUUCCCAACUCCAAAUAGGCCACAAGGUAUCUUUACUACGAAAGAAACCAGUAGAGCGAUGUCUAAUUUGCAAGGUCCUAUGAUUAGUUCAGAUAAAUCCGAUUAUAUUAAAUUGGCUGUUAUUGGUGCUCAUUUAAAGGAUUUACCGCUACAUUGGCAAUUAGAGAAGGUUAAUGCAACAUUUAUUUCUGAAACGAAGACUUCUAGAAACUACAAGUUGUAUGCACUACCUAGAAACGGACCAAUAUUGAAACCUGGUUUGAGACGUGUUGCUGAAAAUACGCCAGGCUCUUCAUCUAUUGCGUUAGAAAUUUAUGCAGUUCCAACAGAAUUAUUUGGACAAUUUAUUGCCAUGGUUCCUGAACCACUUGGUAUUGGUUCUGUUGAGCUUGAAAAUGGUGAGUGGAUAAAGUCUUUUAUUUGUGAGGAAUUUGGUUAUGACGCAGAAGGAUCUGUGGAUAUUACGCUAUAUGGUGGUUUUAAGGCCUAUAUUGAACACUUGAACAAAGAAGAAACAAAGUCAGUUAAACCUUUUGAAAGAGUAUUAAUCGCUAAUAGAGGUGAAAUAGCUGUAAGAAUUAUUAGUACGUUGAGGAAAUUAGAUAUUACAUCGAUCGCGAUUUAUUCUGAUCCGGAUGAAUAUUCACAACAUGUUGAAGAUGCAGAUAUUUCUAUACCAUUACAUGGUUCUACCGCUAGCGAAACAUAUUUAGAUAUUGAAAAGGUUAUAAAAGGUGCCAAAGAAUAUAAUGCAGAUGCAAUUAUACCUGGCUAUGGUUUCUUAUCCGAAAAUGCUGACUUUGCUGAUAGAUGUGAACAGGAAGGUAUCGUAUUUGUCGGGCCUUCGGGUGAUAUUAUUAGGCAGCUGGGUUUAAAGCACUCUGCUAGAGAGAUAGCUGAAGAUGCAGGUGUUCCCUUAGUUCCUGGAUCACCAUUAAUCUCUGAGCUUGAUAAAGCUGUUCAAGUUGCUAGAACAAUUGGCUAUCCUAUUAUGGUUAAGUCUACAGCAGGUGGAGGUGGUAUCGGUCUUAAAAGAGUGGAUUCUGAAGAAGAACUAAAAAGUGUUUUUGCUACUGUACAACAUCAAGGUAAAUCAUAUUUCGGAAAUGCAGGUGUUUUCUUAGAGAAGUUUAUUGAAAAUGCAAGACAUGUCGAAAUUCAAAUCAUGGGUGACGGUUGUGGUAACGCAAUUGCUUUGGGUGAAAGAGACUGUUCAUUACAACGACGUAAUCAGAAGGUAAUUGAGGAAACACCAGCUCCUAAUCUAUCAGAAAAAACUAGAAAGGACCUAAAGAUGGCUGCUGAGAGCCUUGCUUGCCAAUUGAAAUAUAAAACUGCAGGUACAGUUGAAUUUAUAUAUGAUGAGAAAUCUGAAACAUUUUACUUCCUAGAGGUCAAUACAAGAUUACAGGUUGAACAUCCAGUGACAGAAAUGGUAACUGGUCUGGACUUAGUUGAAAUGAUGAUAAAAAUUGCGGCGGACGAUCCACCAGACUUUUCUAAAUUAAAUGUCAGCUUGUCUGGUGCAUCAAUGGAGGCUCGUUUAUAUGCUGAAAAUCCAGUCAAAGAUUUUAGACCUUCCCCUGGGCAAAUUGUGGAUAUUGAAUUUCCGAAAUGGGCAAGAGUUGAUACUUGGGUCAAAAAGGGAACCAUUGUUUCGUCUGAGUACGAUCCUUUAAUUGCAAAAAUUAUAGUUUACGGGAAAGAUCGUUCUGAAGCAUUGAGUAAUUUGAAUAAGGCUUUGCAGGAGACUAAAGUUUACGGAUGUGUCACUAAUAUUGGAUACCUAAGAUCAAUUGCUUCAUCUUCUAUGUUUGAAAAUGUUGCUCUCUGUACAAGUACAUUGAAUUCUUACACCUACGAUUCUGGAUCUUUCGAAAUUAUUUUACCUGGUGCUCACACUUCUAUUCAAGGUUAUCCUGGUAGGAAAGGUUACUGGAGAAUCGGUGUUCCUCCUUCUGGUCCAAUGGAUAGUUACUCUUUUAGGUUAGCAAACCGUAUCGUUGGUAAUAAUCAAGAUGAAGCUGGUAUAGAAAUUACGUUGACUGGUCCAACCAUAAAAUUUAAUACGGAUACUAUUAUUGCAAUUGCAGGUGGAUUCUGCCAACCUAUACUAAAUGGUGAAAAAAUUGAACAAUUUAAGCCAACCAAUAUCAAAGCUGGUGAUACAUUAGCUAUUGGUAAGUUACAAAGUGGUUGCAGAUCUUACUUAGCUAUCAGAGGCUCAAUAGAUGUACCAAAGUAUUUGGGCUCUAAAUCAACGUUCACACUAGGUGAAUUUGGUGGUAAUAAUGGAAGAGUUUUGAAAACGGGUGAUGUAUUAUUCUUACAACCGUCAAUUGCACUAUGUGAUGCUGAGGCCGCUCCAUUAUCUUUAAUUCCAAAAAUCAGUACAAAGAAUUGGACUAUUGGUGUUACUUGUGGACCACAUGGUUCGCCGGAUAUUUUUAAAGAGGAAUACAUUAAGGAGUUCUUGAAUGAGAAAUUUGAGGUGCAUUACAACUCUAAUAGAUUUGGUGUUAGAUUAAUUGGUCCAAAACCUAAGUGGUCUAGAACUGACGGUGGGGAAGGUGGUUUGCAUCCCUCUAAUGCUCACGAUUAUGUUUAUUCUCUAGGUGCUAUUAAUUUUACUGGAGAUGAACCUGUUAUCAUCACAUGUGAUGGUCCAUCUUUAGGAGGUUUCGUGUGUGCGGCUGUUAUUCCAGAAGGUGAACUGUGGAAGGUUGGUCAAGUAAAACAAGGUGAUCAAAUCCGAUUUGUUCCGAUUUCUUACGAUUCCGCUAGGAGUCUCCAAAAAUCACAGGAUAUUGCAAUCAAUGAAUUUAAUGAUGGUUUAUUAGAGGUGUUGGAUGAAAAUUUGAUUCUAUCAGCCUACGAAGAUCCCGUAUUAUACGUCAUAGAAGGAAUAACAGCUACAAAUCCUAAGGUUACUUAUAGACAAGCUGGCGAUAGAUAUGUUUUGGUUGAAUAUGGUGAAAUAAGUAUGGACUUAAAUUUGUCCUACAGAAUUCAUUCUCUAAUUAAAUUAAUUGAGAAAUACAAAACUGUCGGCAUAAUUGAGAUGUCUCAAGGUGUCAGAUCGGUCCUAAUCGAAUUUGAUGGUUACAAAAUGUCACAACAAGUUCUUCUAGAAAUAUUAAUUGCUUAUGAAGACGAAAUAAACUUUGAUGAGAAUUGGAAAGUUGAAUCCAAGGUUUUUAAAUUACCAGUAACAUUUGAGGAUUCGAAGACACUCGAAUGUGUGACAAGAUACAAAGAAACUAUUAGAUCUACAGGCCCAUGGUUACCUAAUAAUGUCGAUUUUAUUGCAGGUGUUAAUAAUAUUGAUCGCAAAGAUGUACAUGAUAUGGUAUUCUCAGCAAGAUUUAUGGUAUUGGGUUUAGGUGAUGUAUUUUUAGGAUCUCCAUGUGCUGUUCCACUUGAUCCAAGACAAAGAUUCCUAGGAAGCAAAUAUAACCCGUCAAGAAGUUAUACUGAAAAAGGUUUGGUGGGUCUUGGUGGUAUGUAUAUGUGCAUUUACGCCGCUUCAAGUCCUGGUGGUUAUCAGUUAGUUGGUAGGACCAUUCCUAUAUGGGAUAAACUAUCUUUAGAGAAACAUACUUCCCAUCCAUGGUUAGUCUCACCUUUUGAUCAAAUUGAAUUUUAUGAGGUUAAUGAAGCUAGACUGGAUAGUGAUACUCGUGACUGGGAAAAUGGUAAAUUUGAUGUCCAAAUCGAAGAAACAUUAUUUGAUCAUCGUGAAUACCUAAAUUGGAUUGAAGAAAAUAAAGAUUCCAUUCACAUAUUUCAACAAAGUCAAGAUUCUGGCUUAAAAGAAAAAUUUAUUAAAUUAAUUGAGGGAUCCGAUAUGGAAGUUAAGAAAUCUGGAGACAAGAAAAUAAUACCGGUAGAAGAAUUCCCUGAAAACACACAAUUGGUAUACUCUGAAUUUGCUGGUCGUUUUUGGAAAAAUGUCGUCUCUUCUGGCGAUUAUGUAAAGGAAGGCGAGGCAUUGAUUAUUAUUGAAGCCAUGAAAACAGAAAUGAUAGUCGCUGCAACAACAGCUGGUAAAGUUCUUAGAGUUUUCCACGAGAAUGGUGACAUUGUAAAUUCUGGAGAUCCAGUUGUAAUCAUUGAAUCAUGCUAA